AUGGCUGCGUUGGAGGCAUUCUCCUGCUGCAUCGUCUCCCCUCUCUUUCUCUUUCUCUUCUCCUUUCUUUUGCUCUCCUCUUUCUACACUCCCUCCCGAUGUGGCCUACUUGUCUUCAUUUUAAUCCUUAAUUGCAUCCAACACCUCCUCGUUUCGUCCGAGUUCUCAUCUGUUCAAAAGCGCUCCGUGUGCUUCUCGGUCUGGAGAGAAAAAUAUACCAGCGCCACAAAGGCUAUUCAACCCUCUAUUCAUUCCUCUACACACCAACAUAAAAUGGGAGAAUUACAACCCGACACCUGUCCUCUGACAUCCCUCCGCUACAUCGCUCAGUCAUACAACCAUGCGGAUUCUCAGGCCUCGGCGUUGAGGCUGGUCCUCACGUUGAACCCUCACUGGGAGGGUCCCGGCAACAAUAUCGAGUUCGUGCGCUUCACGGACGGCAUCACUAAUACCCUGCUCAAAAUCAUUAAUCGCAAGCCCGGCUUGACGGACGAGCAAAUAGACAACGAAGCAGUACUGAUGAGAGCGUACGGUAACCACACAGAGAUUCUCAUAGACCGUGAAAGAGAAAUGCGCUCCCACGCUCUUCUGGCCAGCCAUGGAUUAGCCCCUCCCUUGCUUGCCCGUUUCCAGAACGGCCUGCUCUACCGCUUCAUCCGUGGUCGUCCCGCUACCAACCAGGACUUGGUCAAGGCCCCAACCUGGCGCGGGGUGGCUCGGAGGUUGGGACAGUGGCAUGCCGUCCUGCCCAUCCACAACGCCGUGAAGUCCCCCGUGUCCACGACGGACUCCGCGGUACAGCCUGUAGAUGCCACUUCCACUGGACAUCAGCCCACGGACGAGGCUGAGUUCUCCCCGAUCCAGCCAAGACAGCCCGGUCCCAACAUGUGGACUGUCCUCCAGAAGUGGGUGCUUGCGCUCCCCUCUGCCACAGAGGAGCAGCGGAGUCGGCGUCUGCAGCUGCAGAAAGAACUGGAACGGGCCGUGAGCGAGCUGGACGAUGGAAAGGGGCUGGGCGAGAAUGGGUUGGUUUUUGCCCAUUGCGACCUGCUCUGUGCCAACGUCAUCACCCUGCCAUCGUCGGACGGCACGGCUACCUCAUCGGAAGACGAGGCGGCAACUGUGCAAUUCAUCGACUACGAGUACGCGACCCCGUCUCCGGCAGCGUUCGACAUUGCCAACCACUUUGCCGAAUGGGCCGGUUACGAUUGUGAUUUCAACAUGAUGCCCACGCGCGCGGUGCGGCGGCAGUUCUUGACGGAAUACGUGAAUAGCUACACCCACUUCAAGGGCCUUCCGGAGUCGUCGCAGAAGGCGAUUGUAGACCAACUCUUUGACGAUGUUGAUCGAUUCCGGGGUAUUCCCGGACUGUACUGGGGUGUCUGGGCUCUCAUUCAAGCCCAGAUCUCGCAAAUCGACUUUGACUACGCAUCCUACGCCGAUCUGCGUCUGAGUGAGUACUAUGCCUGGCGCCGAGAGCAAGACGGCAGUCGAGCACAGGCAGGAGAAGAAAUGCCACUGCGGGAGCGACGAUGGGCUCAGGAAGCAUGA